UUAAUUAAGAUUUUCGUUUGAUUUCUUGAGGGACAAGACAAGACGAUGGAGUCGCCAUUCAAGCCGGAGAUUUUGAAAGGCAAAGUAGCCCUUUUGACCGGAGGAGCUUCCGGCAUCGGCUUCGAGAUUUCCACACAGUUCGGCAAGCAUGGCGCUUCCAUCGCUGUCAUGGGUCGUCGCAAAACCGUCGUUGACUCUGCCGUCUCGUCGCUCCAGUCACUUGGUAUUCCGGCUGUUGGCUUUGCGGGGGAUGUUCGCAAGCAGGAAGAUGCAAAGAGAGUAAUAGAAUCAACCGUUAAACACUUUGGAAAGCUCGAUAUUCUUGUGAACUCUGCAGCCGGGAAUUUUCUGGUUUCACCCGAAGAUCUAUCUCCAAAUGGCUUUAAAACAGUGAUGGACAUCGACUCGGUUGGUACGUUUACCAUGUGCCAUGAAGCAAUCAAUUAUCUAAAGAAAGGAGGACCCGGAAGAAGCUCAGAUGACAGUGGUGGAAUAAUACUGAAUAUCAGUGCCACCCUGCACUACACUGCUACUUGGUACCAAAUUCAUGUAGCUGCUGCUAAGGCAGCAGUGGAUGCUAUUACAAGAAAUCUGGCACUGGAAUGGGGAACGGAUUAUGAUAUACGCGUCAAUGGGAUUGCACCUGGACCGAUAGGCGACACUGCUGGCGUGAGGAAACUUGGGCCAGCUGAGAUAAAAAGCGGGACCAGGGAGAUAAUGCCGCUUUUUAAACUUGGAGAAAAGUGGGAUAUUGCGGUUGCAGCCGUGUAUCUUGCAUCAGAUGCGGGUAAAUUUGUGAAUGGGACGACGCUUGUUGUUGAUGGAGGACAGUGGUUAAGUGGUCCGCGUCAUAUGCCCAAGGAGGAAGUGAAAAUGCUUUCUAGGGUAGUAGAAAAACGCGCUCGUGUUGCACCUACUGGGGUACCUUCUAGCAAACUCUAGCCUAAUGGAAUUAUGAUGAUAACAACUAUUGGUAUUGAUGUAAUUUUGUGGAACAGAUUGUAAUCAUUCUGGCUGUUUAUCAGCUCAAUAUAUUGUGAAUUUGAAUAAAUAGAUUAUGAA